AUGCAUUUAAUGUACACUUUAGACAAGGACGGUAAGAGAGUCUACACGUUGAAGAAGGUCACCGAAGAAGGUGAAAUCACCAAGUCUGCUCAUCCAGCUAGAUUUUCUCCAGACGACAAAUACUCCAGACAAAGAGUCACUUUGAAGAAAAGAUACGGUUUAUUACCAGGUCAGUAA